AUGAGUCAUAGGUUUGAGGAUGGGAGGCUCAGAUAUAUCACAUUGGGUUGUGCUCAUGGUGGGAAGGCACGGAAUCGGACCACAAAUGUCGCUCGACCACGUCCGACAUCAAAGACAUGCUGUAAUGCAAGGAUAAAUCCUACGUUUUUUAAAGGGGUGUUCAAGUUGUUGACUAUUCACAAUACCCACAAUCACGGACUAAGUCCACAAAAAUCGAGGUUCUUCCACUGCAAUAGAGAAGUGAGUUUGUCUGUUAAGAGAAUGCUAGAUACAAAUGAUCAAGUUGGUAUCAGAAUGAACAAGAGCUUCGCCGCUCUUGUGCAAGAAGCAGAUGGGUUUGAGAACUUUCCAUUCAAUGAAAAAGACUGUCGUAACUACAUUGACAAGGCAUGCCACCUUCGACUUGGGAAAGGUGGUGCUGGAGCCAUCCAUGAAUAUUUUGCUAGGAUGCAAUACAAGAAUAAUGGAUUCUUUUCACUACUGGAUAUGGAUGAUAAUGAGAGGUUGAAAAAUGUCUUCUGGGCAGAUUCACGAAGUAGGGCAUCAUACAAAUAUUUUGGUGAAGUUGUCACGUUUGACACCACCUAUUUGACAAAUAGGUAUGGGAUGCCGUUUGCACCAUUUGUUGGUGUAAACCACCAUGGACAGUCAAUCCUUUUGGGGGCAGGAUUGACUUCUAAUGAGGAUACAGAAACGUUCACAUGGUUGUUUCAGAGUUGA